AUGAUCUCCAGACAGCAGGGCGUUCGAGGCCUGUCCCAGGGCUUUAGCGUUGGCUCAGCUGUUGUAGGUGGCGUCAAGAAGGUUGCUUUCAGCUCAGCCUCCAUGUCUGGGGGUGCGUGCCGCAGCUCCUCUGGGGGCUUUGGCAGCAGGAGCCUCUUCAACCUCCGAGGGAACAAGAACAUCUCCAUGGCUGGAUGCCGGCAAGGUGCCAGCUUUGGGGCUGCUGGAGGUUUCGGGGCUGGCAGCUUUGGUGCUGGUUUCGGCGCUGGCAGCUUUGGUGGUGGAUUCGGGGGCUCCUUUGGUGGACGGGGUGGUCCUGGCAUGUCCGUCUGCCCUGCUGGAGGGAUUCAGGAGGUCACCAUCAACCAGAGCCUGCUGACCCCACUCCAUGUGGAGAUCGACCCCGAGAUCCAGAAGGUUCGGACUGAGGAGCGAGAGCAGAUCAAGACCCUCAACAACAAGUUUGCCUCCUUCAUAGACAAGGUACGAUUCUUAGAGCAACAGAACAAGGUUCUGGAGACAAAAUGGAACCUCCUCCAGCAACAGACAACCACCACAUCUAGCAAAAACCUGGACCCCUUCUUUGAGGCAUAUCUUAGUGCACUAAGGAAGCAGCUGGAUACCUUGGUCAAUGACAAAGGGCGCUUGCAGUCUGAGCUGAAGACCACGCAGGACAGUGUGGAGGACUUCAAGACCAAGUAUGAAGAGGAAAUUAACAAACGCACAACUGCUGAGAAUGACUUUGUGGUGCUCAAGAAGGAUGUAGAUGCUGCCUACAUGAACAAGGUGGAAUUGGAGGCCAAGGUGGAAGCCCUUAACGACGAGAUCAACUUCCUGAGGGUCCUCUAUGCUGCGGAGCUGUCCCAGAUGCAGAGCCACGUCAGUGAUACAUCUGUGGUCCUGUCCAUGGACAACAAUCGCUGCCUGGACCUGGACAGCAUCAUUGCUGAGGUCCGUGCCCAGUAUGAGGAGAUCGCCCAGAAGAGCAAGGCUGAGGCUGAGGCCCUGUACCAGACCAAGUACCAGCAGCUCCAGACCUCAGUUGACCAAUAUGGUGACAACCUGAAGAACACCAAGAGUGAGAUUGCGGAGCUCAACAGGAUGAUCCAGAGGCUGCGGGCAGAGAUUGAAAAUGUCAAGAAGCAGUGCCAGACUCUGCAGGCUUCUGUGGCUGAUGCUGAGCAGCGUGGGGAACUGGCCCUGAAAGAUGCCGACAGCAAGCGCACAGAGCUGGAGGCUGCUCUGAAGAAGGCCAAGGAGGAGCUAACCCGGAUGCUGCGGGAGUACCAGGAGCUCAUGAGCGUGAAGCUGGCCCUGGACAUCGAGAUUGCCACAUACCGCAAGCUGCUGGAGGGCGAGGAGUGCCGAAUGUCUGGAGAAUGCCAGAAUGCCGUGAGCAUCUCCGUGGUUGGUGGCGCCGCUGGUGCAGGAGGCAUCAUGGGAGGAUUAGGAAGCUGCUCUGGGUUUGGCCUGGGAGGUGGCUUUGGCUCUGGCUCUGGAAGUGGCUAUGGCUUUGGUGCUUCCAGCAGCAAGAUUGUCUCUACCACCACCCUGACCAAGAGAUCUCACCGAUAG